AGAUUAUUUUGAAGAGCUCCUCUCCUCCCCACCCCUCCUAUCCUACUUUCUACAGCCUGGUCUAGGGGCAGGAAAUCUGGAAGAAGAUUCUCGGGGGAGGGCCCCAGAACUCAGCUCCCCAGUUAAUGGCUGAUGGAAUUUGCACAACAGCUGGGCAAAGGUGAAAGGGUGGUGCCCUGCCCCAAAUUCCUUAUACCUUUGCUCCGCUUCAUUGACACCCCCACCCUCUCCCCACCUUCUCCCCACCCCAGGCUUCACCCAAACUCUGACCUCUUACUCUCUCUACUUAACUCUGGUCCCGGGCAGCCAAGACAAAGCGAAAGGCAAGGCAGCAUGAGCCGAUCACCCCUCAAUCCCAGCCAACUCCGAUCAGUGGGCUCCCAGGAUGCCCUGGCCCCCUUGCCUCCACCUGCUCCCCAGAAUCCCUCCACCCACUCUUGGGACCCUUUGUGUGGAUCUCUGCCUUGGGGCCUCAGCUGUCUUCUGGCUCUGCAGCAUGUCUUGGUCAUGGCUUCUCUGCUCUGUGUCUCCCACCUGCUCCUGCUUUGCAGUCUCUCCCCAGGAGGACUCUCUUACUCCCCUUCUCAGCUCCUGGCCUCCAGCUUCUUUUCAUGUGGUAUGUCUACCAUCCUGCAAACUUGGAUGGGCAGCAGGCUGCCUCUUGUCCAGGCUCCAUCCUUAGAGUUCCUUAUCCCUGCUCUGGUGCUGACCAGCCAGAAGCUACCCCUGGCCAUCCAGACACCUGGAAACUCCUCCCUCAUGCUGCAACUGUGUAGGGGACCUAGCUGCCAUGGCCUGGGGCACUGGAACACUUCUCUCCAGGAGGUGUCCGGGGCAGUGGUAGUAUCUGGGCUGCUGCAGGGCACGAUGGGGCUGCUGGGGAGUCCCGGCCGCGUGUUCCCCCACUGUGGGCCCCUGGUGCUGGCUCCCAGCCUGGUUGUGGCAGGGCUCUCUGCCCACAGGGAGGUAGCCCAGUUCUGCUUCACACACUGGGGGUUGGCCUUGCUGGUUAUCCUGCUCAUGGUGGUCUGUUCUCAGCACCUGGGCUCCUGCCAGUUUCAUGUGUGCCCCUGGAGGCGAGCUUCAACAUCAUCAACUCACACUCCUCUCCCUGUCUUCCGGCUCCUUUCGGUAUGUGUGGGUCUGGGCAGGGCAGUAGAGGUCAGAAGGGCUGGCCUGGAGUGCUCACUCCAUCCCCUACCUUUUGGCUUCUGUCUACCCCUGCAAGGCUGGCUCAGAAGGUUCUGGGGGAGGAGUUCUUUUCUCAGUCUCGCCCCUCAGGUGCUGAUCCCAGUGGCCUGUGUGUGGAUUGUUUCUGCCUUUGUGGGAUUCAGUGUUAUCCCCCAGGAACUGUCUGCCCCCACCAAGGCACCAUGGAUUUGGCUGCCUCACCCAGGUGAGUGGAAUUGGCCUUUGCUGACGCCCAGAGCUCUGGCUGCAGGCAUCUCCAUGGCCUUGGCAGCCUCCACCAGUUCCCUGGGCUGCUAUGCCCUGUGUGGCCGGCUGCUGCAUUUGCCUCCCCCACCUCCACAUGCCUGCAGUCGAGGGCUGAGCCUGGAGGGGCUGGGCAGUGUGCUGGCCGGGCUGCUGGGAAGCCCCAUGGGCACUGCAUCCAGCUUCCCCAACGUGGGCAAAGUGGGUCUUAUCCAGGCUGGAUCUCAGCAAGUGGCUCACUUAGUGGGGCUACUCUGCGUGGGGCUUGGACUCUCCCCCAGGUUGGCUCAGCUCCUCACCACCAUCCCACUGCCUGUGGUUGGUGGGGUGCUGGGGGUGACCCAGGCUGUGGUUUUGUCUGCUGGAUUCUCCAGCUUCUACCUGGCUGACAUAGACUCUGGGCGAAAUAUCUUCAUUGUGGGCUUCUCCAUCUUCAUGGCCUUGCUGCUGCCAAGAUGGUUUCGGGAAGCCCCAGUCCUGUUCAGCACAGGCUGGAGCCCCUUGGAUGUAUUACUGCACUCACUGCUGACACAGCCCAUCUUCCUGGCUGGACUCUCAGGCUUCCUACUAGAGAACACGAUUCCUGGCACACAGCUUGAGCGAGGCCUAGGUCAAGGGCUACCAUCUCCUUUCACUGCCCAAGAGGCUCGAAUGCCUCAGAAGCCCAGGGAGAAGGCUGCUCAAGUGUACAGACUUCCUUUCCCCAUCCAAAACCUCUGUCCCUGCAUCCCCCAGCCUCUCCGCUGCCUCUGCCCACUGCCUGAAGACCCUGGGGAUGAGGAAGGAGGCUCCUCUGAGCCAGAAGAGAUGGCAGACUUGCUGCCUGGCUCAGGGGAGCCAUGCCCUGAAUCUAGCAGAGAAGGGUUUAGGUCCCAGAAAUGACUAGCACGCCUACUUCUGCCCUGGUUAAUUUAGCCCUAACUCUCAUCUGCUGGAGAGUCAGCUCCCAAACUGUUCUUUCUUGUAGGCAGAGGGUAUGUGUGUGUGUAUUACAUGGGACUGUCUAGAGGUUCCAU